UUGCCACCUUUUGCUCUCUUGUUCUGUUCCAUCUUUGCUUUGUUUCAAGAAAUUGUCUUUUUUGUUUUUUGCUUUUAUAAUGGGUGAGGCUGUUGAGAUUUUUUAUCCAAAUGGUUUCUGCAAUGGGACAACAAAGAAUCCGACGGUUGAUGAGACUCAUCAGCAGUUUGAUUCUUGGUAUGAGGAGACCAUUGAUGAAGAUCUCAAAUGGUCCUUUGCUUUGAAAAGCGUGCUGUAUAAAGGUGCUAGUGAAUAUCAAGAUAUAGCACUUUUGGACACUAAACGUUUUGGCAAGGUGUUGGUGAUUGAUGGGAAAAUGCAAAGUGCUGAAGUUGAUGAGUUUAUCUACCAUGAAUGCUUGAUUCAUCCAGCUCUUUUUUUCCACUCCAAGCCUAAAACUAUGUUUAUAAUGGGAGGAGGAGAAGGUUCUGCUGCUAGGGAAGCACUCAGGCAUAAGUCUAUUGAUGAAGUUGUAAUGUGUGAUAUUGAUGAGGAAGUGGUCAAUUUUUGCCGUCGAUAUCUCACCGUGAAUCGUGAUGCCUUCUGCAACAAGAAGCUUAACCUUGUCAUCAAUGAUGCCAAGGCUGAGCUGGAGAAAAGGACCGAGAAAUUUGAUAUCAUAGUUGGAGAUUUGGCAGAUCCUGUUGAGGGAGGGCCUUGCUAUCAACUUUACACUAAAUCAUUCUAUGAGAAAAUUCUUAAGCCUAAGCUCAAUGAAGAUGGCAUUUUUGUCACUCAGGCUGGUCCAGCUGGAAUUUUCACUCACAAGGAGGUAUUUUCCUCUAUAUAUAACACAAUCAGGCAGGUUUUCAAGUAUGUGUUGGCAUACACAGCUCAUGUGCCAUCUUUUGCUGAUACAUGGGGAUGGGUUAUGGCCUCUGAUCAACCAUUCUCCAUUGGUGCCGAAGAAAUCGAAAAGCGGAUUGCCGAAAGAGUCGAUGGUGAAUUACUCUACUUGAAUGGCUCUUCAUUCCUUUCGUCUGCAACCAUGAACAAGACGGUUUAUCUAUCGCUGUUGAAUGAAACUCAUGUUUACACCGAGGAAAAUGCAAGAUUUAUACCUGGACAUGGAUUGGGAAACCACUUUUGAGAUUGACAGAGCCUUAAUAUGAAGAGAAGUUGUAAAUAAAAGACAGCAUCAAAAAGAACUUUGCUUCAAAGAAAUCAGUCAUCAAUUGUUAAGAAAAUGUUGGUUUUUAAUUUCAAGACAAUUUAUGUGUUUGGAUUUGUGUUGUUUUCACAGAUUUAGUUGCAAUAAAACUAAAUGCAUGAAAGCUUCUUUUUAUCUGCAAAAUCUAA